AUGGACCGCGUGGCCCGUGCCAAGAAGAGCACGGGGCCUUCCUGCUACCUAGGGCUUGCGAUGUAUCGAGUUGUGGCCCUCAUGACUUGGCUCCUCUUGGCCGAUGCCGAGCCUGGGGAUGAGGAAAGCCCAGUGGUCGAGGAGAAGAGCUGGCCUCUACACGGUGCCAGCUGGAACCUGGGCUGUCACGUGGAGUGCAGAAACAUAGGCUUCGGAUCGUCCAUGUGCGAGUCGAACGGCGUGGGGCCGGGAAAGUACUGCAACUGUUACAAGCAGCUUCACAUCACUCGGCAGACGUGCGAUGAACCCUCCUCGGCCUCGUGCCUCCUCAGCUGUCGCAGCGGCUGCACCAGCGUGGGCUAUGCCUUCGGUGUCGUGCUGCGGGAAACUGGACACUGCUGCUGCUACGCAGACUGGAAGCCCCUGAGCAAGAAGUGUGAGACGUAG